AUGAGUAGUGAUAAACAACAUUACAAUAAAAAGAAUAUGGGUAUCAAACAAUUUCCAAAAGAUUGUAUCUCACAAGCAUCAGUAAUCACUUCUAUUGACCUUUCAAAUAAUGAGAUUACAAAUCUCCCUAAAGAAAUGGGAGCAUUUAAAGUGUUAACUCAUUUCAGAAUGAUGGCUAAUAAAGUAUCAACAUUGCCAGUUAGUUUUACUACGUUAAGUAAUCUUCGACAUCUUGAUUUAAAUGCAAAUUGUUUUACUGAAUUUCCAACACAAAUAUCAACAUUAACGAAUUUAGAAGAAAUUCAAAUGAUUCAAAACCAAUUAACAACAAUACCUGAUUGUAUUGGAAAGUUAGUCAAAUUGCAAAGAAUUUCAUUUACUGCUAAUUUUUUAAAUCAUUACCAAAAGGAUUAG